CAACACACAGCGUUUCUACGUCACUUCCCUUAAUCAGAAGUACUCGGAAGUUGGUGCCAUGUUGCGUUUUUGGGGAGUCUGUGAGAAAGAAGAGGAAUCGAACUGAUUUGAGGGAGAGUAGCUAUGGAGCAGUUUCAAAAAUGGACCUUAAUUUCUACUCGGAGUUGUCGGACAGUACCGAACAUCACAGUGAGUCGGAGUUCCUGGACUCGCAGGCUUUCAACGGAUACGACGCCGUCAACAAGUUUCCUGGGGGUGGUGAAAACUUCCUGACCAUCCCUGGACCAACCUUCUUAUCAUCCUCUGAGACGUUCCACACCCCCAGCCUGGGUGAUGAAGAGUUUGAGAUCCCGGCCAUCUCUCUGGACCCGGACUCAGCCCUGUCAGUGUCGGACGUGGUGUCGCAUUUUGGGGAGCUCUCUGACGGGGGACCCCCGGGGGCGGUCCCAGAGAGCGCUGUGGUGGGAGGGAACGACCCCUCCUUCGCUUCCACCUUCGUCAGCCCCCCCACCUCAGGCCUGGAGCACCUGAGUCUGGGGGUGAUGAACCAGUCAGCAGGGGGGCCCCUGCUCAGUUCCACACUUAGCAUGGAUCUGAGCCAUUCGAUUGGCUCUGAGUUCAGCAGCUCCUCCCCCAUGACCAUCGACGUCCCCCUGAGCGACAUUAACCACGGCUUACUCGGCCACAACCAGCUGACCACAAUUGACCAAUCAGAACUGAGCGAUCAGCUGGGGCUCAGCCUGGGCGGAGGAACCAUCCUGCCCCACCCUCAGUCACCUGAGCAUGCUCUGUCGGCCACGCCCUCUCCGGGCGGGUCCCUACAGGACGAGGAUAUGGAGGACUUCGGCCAAAAGACUGCACUGGUGGAGUCCCCUCUUUCCCUCUCGGUUUCCACGGCAAUGGUGUCACUCAGCCCUGCUCUGUCAGACUUCGCCCCCGCACCCCUCCGGAGGGGCGGGGCCGGGAAGAAGGGGCGUAAGAAGAAGGACCCGAACGAGCCGCAGAAGCCGGUCUCGGCCUACGCCCUCUUCUUCCGCGACACGCAGGCCGCCAUCAAGGGCCAGAACCCCAGCGCCACCUUCGGGGAGGUGUCCAAGAUCGUAGCGUCCAUGUGGGACAGCCUGGGGGAGGAGCAGAAACAGGUGUAUAAGAGGAAGACCGACACAGCCAAGAAGGAGUAUCUGAAAGCCCUGGCAGCAUACAGAGCCAAUCAGCUCUCUCAGGUCAGAGCCAAUCAGCUCUCUCAGCCCACAAUCCAGGUGAUGGACACACCCCCUUCUCCGCCCCCCAUAGCUGCCACACCCCGCCCAGCCCGAAUUUCUCACCACGCCCCCGAGCAGAACACCAUCACCAACAUCUGCACCUCCAACAUCAUCCUGGACCUCCCUCAGGUCACCACCCGCUCUCGUACGGGUGCUCACAAAGCCUCCAACCCUGCCCCUAGCCCCGCCCCCAACCCUCCCACUGUCACCAAGAUCAUCAUCUCCAAGCAGGUGCUGGUGGGGGCCGGGGGCGGGUCCAGGGGCGGGGCAAGAGCCCAAAGCCAGCAGGUCCCCCACACCUCUGGGCUGACUGUGAUCCCCGGCCCCGCCCCUGGCCCCGCCCGCCAGCCCCCGCCCCUGCAGCAGAUGCAGAACACACCCCUGCCGCCCCGCCUCCAGCAGAUGGCGCACUCCCCAGCCCCGCCCCCCCUCCAGGCCAAGCCGCGGGGCGGAGCAGGGGCAGGGCCAGCAGUGUCUGUCACUAGUGCCCCGCCCCCUCCACUGCAGAUCAAGAUUGUACCUGCCUCUCUGGAGGUGGAUUUGGCCACGCCCAUUGUUGUUACCACGGUGACAGCGGCCUCCUCAUCCCCCGCAGAGCCAAGCAAGGUGGUACCUACUGCAGAGGAAGUGGCAGAGACGGAGUUCACCUCUGGAGAGAUGGAGGUGGAGGUGAAUGUAGCUCCAGGCCCCGAGGACUCGGCCCCCCCCGGCCCCCCCGCCCGCUGUAUCCGGGCCGGCUGCACCAACGCGCCUGUGGAGAGCAAGGACUGGGACAGAGAGUACUGCAGCAACGAGUGUGUAGCCACACACUGCAGGGAUGUAUUCCUGGCCUGGUGUUCCAUCCGUGCACAGAGCUCCGCCACUGUGACGUGAGCGUCACACAUCACCUGGGAAACGAUUUCACACCGUCUACCUGUCUUCUGUCUUACCAUGGAAACUCUGAAUUAUGGGAUAGGCCCUGUCUGGGGCCAUGCAUUCUGGGACAGUCUGCGUGUGCUUGUAUGCGUGCAAGCGUGUGUGUGUGUGCGUGCACAAGUAGCCAAAAGAGCAUUUCUUUGGUGUGUCCCACUGAAAGAGCAUUUAUAUGGUGGGUUCUGCUGCAAUUAAAUUAAUUUAUCAAGUUUAUUUAAUUUUAUCUUUUGUGUUUUGGGGCUGCAGCUGCUUAGUGACUGGAGGCAUGCGCUCCCCCUGUGGGUGUGGAAGGGUAGUGCAGCUGAGCCUACUGACACAUUACAAUAAAAACAAUAAUGCUGAAAACUGAAAUGGUAAAUACAUCUAUAAAUAAAUAUAUAUUUAUAAUUGUAAUUUAAACUCUACAGAGAUUUUUCAAUUUGUCUGUGUAUUUUUAAUUAAUGUGCGCAGUUUUUUUCCUCAUUAUUUUUUUGUAGAGUAGUGGGCUGGUGCAUUUUAAUUCGGGAAUGUAAGAAGGUUUUUUAAAGUGAACAGAGUGCUGAUCAUUGUGCCUGGCAGUUAUAUGAGGUCCAGGCUUGAGUUCUAAUAAAUCCCCAUCAGAACUGCC